AUGUACCCCUCCUCAAACGCUCAGGUUUCAAAUCAACAUUUUACUGUGAGCGAUCAUGCCAGAAGACAGAUUACAAGUACCAUAAACACCUAUGCAAGAAGAUCGGCGAAUUCAUCCAAGCAAAUCCUCGUGAGAAGGAUCACAAUGCCUGCAUUAUCCUCAAAUUCCCCGACAACUCCUCAACCCCGGAACUUACGUGGUGGAGCAAGUCGUACAAGCUCUAUAAUGGCGAUGCUUUCCCUGGCAUUGGAUUAGACAGCUCGGAGCAGGUGGUUGAAUGGCUCCGUGUGCAGUAUCCACGGGAUAGAAAGUACGUCUUGGAUCACGAACUUCAGCUUUAUUUCCGACCGAAGUUUCUCUUCGAUGGCUCGGCGAAAAACCAAGCGAUGAAGAAAUACUUUGGGAAAGAUCCGGGUCAUGACUGGAGAGGUGACAUCUACGUUGCUCGUUGUGCCCGCAUGGAAGGAAACAAAGAAGCAAACACCCUUCAAGACUUUCAAGCUGCCGACUUGAGAGUUCUUGCGGACUGUCUCCGAUUAUAUGGCAAAAUCAGCGGUUACGGUUUCAACAAUAUCAGCGAAAAGCGUGACCUCAUGGUAUGGGAGGACACGCCAACAUCUUACCCUGUCCCAGAGACAAGACAAGCAGGAACAGGUAACGAUGCUUUUGAAGAAUACAAAGGGGAAUUAGAUGUGGUUAUAGGAGUUAAUGUCACCAGUCUCGGCGACCAACAAUAUCUCAAGAAGCCCACCUUCGUCCAACAUCGCGUUUGCGCCUCGACACAUCCCAUUUACCGCGAUACAGAGAGCGACUUGGAAUCUAUGAUAUCACUCCGUAUGAAACUUCCUCUUCUCGUCGGGAAGCAUGGCUUCUUCAAUCAAGGCUGGCCUGCUCAGACUAACCCACAUUCCAAUCCCAACGCUCGUUUUAUGCAUCGCGUCGCUGAUAGUAUGGAAAAAGACUUUGGCCCUCCAAACCCCAUUGAGUGGAAUAAAAUGAUUGGUACGGUACUGGUUGUUCGUCUGGACAAGAAGCCCAUCACCCUGCAACAAGUAGAGGCCUUCUGUUUGUUUUGCGACCAAUACUGGAGGGAGAACAUCAAGGAGAUGGACACGAUGUAUGAAAAGGAAUACCCCCCCAGAGCAUACCAUGCACCAGAUGAUCCCUGA